AUGGUGCACCAACUUUCACUUGUUUCGUCUAUAGCACAUGGAAGCUAUGUACAGACGGUUCUGACUCUCCAGGCGUUCACUGGAAUGCUCUCUCCACAGCCAAUUGCUACUUAUACACUCUUAACUAAACCCCAUGAAGUUUUCAAGCCCAAAUUUGAGCCUGGAAAAGUCAAUCAAAUAGAGCAAUACUAUAUGAAAUGUAUCACUACGUGGUCCGAUGGUUCAGAAUUCGAUCUUGCCUCGGCUGUCAUAAAAGAAAAUGGCAGUCUGAACGUGUUUCUGGGCCGUUUGUUCCAUGCUGAAGAUGAAAGUGUUCAGAGAAUAUGGACUCUACAGAUCUCAGAUAUACCUAUAGCUGGCAAAAACCAAGCCUGUUCAGCACAGACUAUCUAUGAGAGUACUUUGAUACAUACCCAUACCAAUGUUAAGAGCGAGGAAAAUAAAAUUGAUGCUAUGGAUGUAGACCUUGAACAUAAAGACAAGCUGGAUGUAAAAGGCGAUACAAAAGAGAAAGAAGAAGACAAGAAAGAAGAAGAUAAAAAAGAAGAAGAUAAGAAAGAAGAAGAUAAGAAAGAAGAAGAUAAGAAAGAAGAAGAUAAGAAAGAAGAAGAAAAAGUAGAAAAAAAGAAUGAUGAAGUAAAACAUUCAGAGGUAAACUUGGAAGAUGGGGCUGAGACUGGUUCUGGGCACAAAGACUCGUUCCUCCAGUUUCUCGAAGACUUGGGUUACGAGACUAUCAGUCAAUACUGGAUCAAGGGAAUACGAUUCUUCCACGGUGACAUUGUCAUUGAGAUCUUCAAAGUCUUGGUCAGAGACGACGAGGUAACUGAGCCCAAGGAGGAAGGAAAGAUUGCUUUAAAGCUUCUUGACGAGUCCAAUACAUUCCAGAUCAGAACUUAUAUCAAUAUUGCAAAAUCGACCGACAUAGAUUUGAUAAAUCAGGGAACAAAAGAACUUCUUAGGCUACAGGAGUUCUUGAAGAACUUAUUCAAACUCGAAAUUCCUGACAGAAUGUUCAUGGACUCGAGAGUACAGGUCAGGAAGUAG